UAGGGAGUGGCCUGGCCUGGCCUGCAUAAAAGGCAGGUUCAGGCCUUAUCCCCUACGGUAUGUAAUCUAAGGCAUCGAUCUCCACAUUUUCCUCUCCUAUCAGGCAGGCGGCAAAGCAUCAACAAAUGUCUUCUCUUGAUUAUCGUAGAGUCGAUGAUGAUUUGAUGAAGAUGAUGGAAUCGUCUUCGGAGAACUUUAAAAAGUUGAUGAGCAGCUGCUGCCGGUGUUGCGUGGGGUUCACCUUCACCCUGAGCCUCACCGCUAUCUUCUUGUGGUUCAGCAUGAUUCCCUCCGCACCAGUCAUCUACCUUUCUUAUAACUGCUAUGUCGAUAUUAGAGGCACAGGCAACACCACCGUUGUAUAUGUCGAAUUAAUUCCAAGGAACACCAACAUGGUAAAGGAAAUUUACUACGAUCACUUCGAUGUCUCUCUAUCUUACUAUAACUUCGACUACGACUAUGACAACCAUCUCACCAACCUUGGGUAUAAUGGUUCGGCAUAUGGGUUCCAUCAAGGCUACCCUUUGAAGGACCAUUUCCCUUUCGGUGAUCAGUACCUUCCGAACGUGACGAUUUCCUCGGAAUCAAAAAAAUUGAAGGAUGAAAUGAGGAACGACUCUGGUUAUGGGUAUUUUUAUGUGGAUGUGGCGGUGACGUGGAGAAUCAUGGAAAGCAAGAAGGGACACGAGAUGAUGGUCGGUGGUUACUUUAAGGUCGAAAGAUCCAACACAUAUAUGUACGACUCUGGAAUUCUGACGAUAAUUAUUCCCUCUCGUUAUUGGUCAAACUCGGAAUGGGGGAUUCAACUCACUUAAGAAUUUGGAAGCCAAUAACGGUAGCAGCACUAGUACUGUUCAGCCGGGAGUCCUCAACGGCGGCCGUGUCGCUUGUCGUCGUGCUUCUUGGGGGUGAUGCGGGUAACGCUGCCUUUUUGCUUGCUUUUUACUGUUUUACUAGUUGAAACCAAUUUCACCAAACUGUCUUUAUUCUGUAAUUAAAUAAUAAAAGUAAAUAUUUCACCAUAA